AUGGCCGCUGCAACCGUCGCCGUCCCGGCUCCACUGCCACUCGGCAAGGUGUUUUCCACAACGCCCGCCGCCCAGCCACCACCUGGCCAGCCAGAUAUUGCAUACCACCCGGACUGGGACAAAUACCAGGCCCGUGCAGCCCGCCGCACACAAACUGAAGAUCUCCCCAAGACUCUGCCUGAGGGUUUCCCCAAGGAGCUCAAGGGUGAUCUAGUCUGGGAGGGGGAGACUAUCGCCCAAAAAUACGACUGGACGUACGUGCUAUCGGCUGAUCAGCUAGCGGAAAUCGACAGUGCCCUCGCGCACUUCAAGUGUGAGUGUUCUUCAAGCGUGAUUUGCAUCGACGAUACCGCGGAACAAGCUGACAUUAAAUCAGCUCUUAAUCUCGCCAAGGGCUACAUCACGCAGGAGACGUUCCCCCUGCCCAACUUGCAUGCAGAGCUCCGCCGUCUGUCCCAUGAACUGCAUUUUGGUCACGGAUUCUUCGUCAUUCGUGGCCUUGACGUUGAUAAGUAUACCCGCGAGGAGAACAUCAUCAUCUACACUGGUGUCUCCUCACAUAUUGGCUCCAUCCGCGGCAGACAGGACGCAUAUUUCGAGGGUAAGCGCGCCGACGUCGUCGUCGGGCAUGUCAAGGAUGUUAGAUCCGGACUCGGUGAGAACCGGGACAAAGACAAGGUGAAAAUCGGCACUCCGGCAUACACAGCCGACAAGCAGGUCUUCCAUACCGACUCAGGCGACAUCGUCUCGCUUUUCGCGCUCUCAACGGCCGCCGAGGGAGGCGCCAGCCGUCUGGCUAGCACGUGGCGCGUAUACAACCAUCUGGCCGCAACGAGGCCCGACCUCAUCCACACCCUGAGUGGAACAUGGGAGGCGGAACUCUUCACCAAGACCGUUGACGACAAGGACAAGUUCAUGAGCCGGCCACUGUUGUACCACCAGCCCGCCAGCGCCGAUGGUAAGACCCCCGACAGGGUGCUCCUCCAAUAUGGCAGGCGGUACUAUGUAGGGUUCGGGGAGCUGCCGCGCAGCAGCCAUCUGCCGCCUAUCACCGAGGCACAGGCCGAAGCUCUCGACGCUCUGCACUUCCUGGGUGAGAGAUUUAGCGUAUCAACCAACUUCGAAAAGGGUGAUAUGCAGUACGUCAACAACGUGGCCAUCUUCCACGCCCGUGAUGGCUUCACCGAUACACCGGACAAGCAGAGACAUCUGCUGCGCCAGUGGCUACGCGACCCUGAGAACGCGUGGGAGACUCCCGAACCGCUUGCCUCGAGAUGGGACCGUGUGUACGGCGGCGUGACUCCCGAGUUACAAACCUUCCCGCUCGAGCCUCACACCCGUAGCGAGAGCACGCCCGGUGGUAAGAAGUGA